AUGAUCGGAAAUGUUAGCAGGCUUCACACGACAAAUCGCUCCUCUGUCGUAUUUUCCUUAAAAUUCAAAUCGUCGUUUCACAACCUGACCACCACCACGCCUCCUUCACCGCCGCCGCUGGAAGAAGAUGAUGCCGCCGGCCUUUCCAACCUCAUCCUAAAGUUAGACACACAAACCCUAAGCCAAAAUCUAGAAACCAACUCUAUCUGCUGGACUACGGACCUGGUAAACAAAAUCCUAAAACGCCUUUGGAACCAUGGCCCCAAAGCACUUGAAUUCUUCAGGCUCCUCGAACGCCAUCCCAUCUACACCCACUCCACCACCUCAUUUGACCACGCCAUCGACAUUGCCGCCCGAUUACGCGACUACAAGACCGUCUGGACGCUCGUCGCCCGUAUGCAGAAACGAAGGCUCGGUCCGAACCCGAAAACAUUCGCGAUCAUAACCGAGCGGUACGUAUCCGCUGGAAAACCCGACAAAGCCGUAAGAGUGUUCUUGUCGAUGCACGAACAUGGCUGCCAACAAGACUUGAAUAGCUUCAAUACAUUUCUUGAUGUAUUAUGCAAGUCUAAACGAGCUGAAAUGGCCUAUAACCUGUUUAAGGUUUUAAAGAGAAGAUUCAAAGCAGAUACAAUCAGUUACAACAUCAUUGCGAAUGGUUUUUGUUUGAUUAAGCGAACGCCUAGAGCAUUGGAGGUGUUGAGGGAGAUGGUGGAGAGUGGUCUCGAGCCAACUCUCAAGACGUAUAACAUAAUCCUUAAUGGGUAUUUCAAGGCGGGCCAGAUUAAAGAAGCUUGGCAGUUCUUCUUGGAGAUGAAACGUCGAAAAUGUGUGAUGGAUGUUGUUACUUACACAACAAUGGUUCACGGUUUUGGAGUUUCAGGUGAGAUCCAAAAGGCACGCCAGGUGUUUGAUGAAAUGCUUGAAACAGGGAUUCUUCCCUCUGUUGCCACUUACACUGCAUUCAUUCAAGUUCUCUGCAAGAAAGACACUGUGGAAAACGCCAUUGUAGUGUUUGAAGAGAUGUUAAAGAAGGGCUAUACACCUAAUUCAACAACUUACAGUGUACUCAUUAGAGGAUUGUGUCAUGUUGGAAAGAUGGAGAAGGCAAUGGAGUAUCUGGACAAAAUGAAACAAGAUGAAUGUGAACCAAAUGUUCAAAUUUUCAAUGUGAUCAUUAGGUAUUAUUGUGAUGAAGGUGAAAUCGAAAAGAGUUUGGAAGUUUUUGAGAGAAUGGGUAGUGGUGAAUGUUUGCCCAAUUUGGAUACAUACAAUAUUUUGAUCAGUGCAAUGUUUGUGAGGAAGAGAUCAGAUGAUUUAAUGGUGGCAGGGAAACUGUUGAUAGAAAUGGUGGACAGAGGUUUUGUUCCUAGAAAAUUUACCUUCAAUCGGAUCUUGAAUGGGCUUUUGCUUACUGGAAAUCAAGAUUUUGCCCAAGAGAUACUUAGAGCACAGAGUAAAUGUGGUUGUCUCCCUCGUCAUUUCAGAUUAUGA